AUGCACGGACGACCUCGCAAAGCCGCGAAGCCAGAGGAUGAAGCUGCUUCCGCCGCCCAUGCCCAAGAGCUUCGCGCUCUCCAGUCUCAGUUGCUCUCCAACCACCACAACAAGAUUUACACAGACGAAGCUCAGCAAUUGAGCGCCAAGCUCGUCCAGCAGAACCCCGAGUCCUACACGGCUUGGAACUACAGGAAACUCGUCGUCCAGCACAACCUCGCGCAGUCCGAGUCCGAUCCUGACUCGCUCAAGUCCAUUCUCGACCAAGAACUCGGACUUGUAGAAAGCGCGUUGAAACAGAAUUUCAAAUCCUACGGAGCUUGGCAUCAUCGAAAAUGGGUGCUGAGCAAGGGCCAUUCGGUUUUAGACCGUGAAUUGAAGCUUCUCAAAAGGUUCCAGCAGUUGGAUCCCCGGAAUUUUAAUGCUUGGAAUUACCGCCGAUUUGUAGCUGCGUUAUUGAAUAGAUCAGAGGAGGAAGAAUUGGAUUACACUAGGGAAAUGAUAGAACACAAUUUCAGCAAUUAUUCGGCAUGGCAUAAUCGGAGUGUACUCCUGUGUAAUUUGAUGAAGAAAAAAUCCCAAGGGUUUUUCCCAAAAGAGAAGGUUCUGAAUGAUGAGUAUGAGCAUGUACACGAUGCUAUUUUUACGGAUCCAGAUGAUCAAAGUGGUUGGUUUUAUUAUCUUUGGCUUCUUGAUCAAAUGGUGAAAACAGAUGCUCCUCUUCUUGUUGCUUCUUGGCCUGCCCAUGAAUCUGAUGUCAUUUUGUUGAGAAAUAGGCGCUCAGAUGACUCUUCUUUUUCUCCGUUUGAUAGUUUCCAUUCUGAUUCAGGAACAGUUCCACUGAUUCUUUAUUUCAAUCAAGCUGUUGAAGGUGUAAAUUCAUCCACUAUAACCAUUGAAUCUUUGUUUUGCACAAAAGAUCUUAAUUGGAAACCACUUUUACAAAAUAACUCCCAGCUGUCCCAAGUUUGGGUUACGCAUAUUAAAUUUCCAGAUGUAAAGCCCCAUUCUUCAGAAGCUUAUCAGCUGAAAAUUAGUGUUGGGCAGUCUCAGGGCAUCAUCUCUGCUAGUGGCAUUCACUAUAGCCAUCCUACACAGCUUGCUUUCAAAGUGUGUUUACGCCCUAUUGAAACUGAACCAGCUACAAAGCAGGGUGGGCAGAGAAUUUUGUGGAGAGAUGAAAACUUUCAUAUGUACCAACCACAAUCUCAGGAGCCAGAUGAAGUAGUUCCUAUUGAUCAAUUAAUUAUUAAUGAUCAUGAGCCGACAGCAUCAAAUUGGCGUGCAGAGACUAUUGCUAAUGAAAUAGCUCUCUUCCGGGAAUUGUCAGAGCUUAACUGUAAAAUUGGAAAGCUUACACUAGCAAGAUUAUUAACAGCGCAUGAUGUUAUAUUGUCUCCACGCACAAGCAAAAUGGCCCAUUCUGAAGAAGUUCUUGAACUCUAUACUGACUUAAUAAAGUUGGACCCGUUACAUUCUCAGUAUUACAAAGAUGAGCACAGCUUAGUUUUGCUGCAGAAGGUAACUUCCAAUAGGGAGUCUCUGUUAAACCACUGCUUUAGCUAUAAAAACUUGGCUUCUUCAAGCAUUGGUAAUGAUAUAUGUCUACGACUAAGCAAAUUAUCCUUAUCACGAAUGGGUUCAAUUGAGAAAUUACUGUGGGUCCAAAUGCUAGAUCUCAGCCACAAUGAACUUCGUUCAAUUGAAGGAUUGGAGGCCAUGCAGCUUGUGUCUUGCUUAAAUCUGAGUAACAACAGGCUUGGUAGUUUAACUGCUCUGGGGCCGUUGAGACUGUUGAAGUCACUAGAAGUGUUGGAUAUCUCAUACAAUGAGAUAGGCUCACACACUAUUGAUACGACAAGGUAUCUAUGUUCUACUCCUCUUUCCCAUACAGAAGAAACUAGUUGGAACGGUGAAGAAAUUGUGACGGGGGGUGCCAGUGUGAAAGAUAAUUGGGAAGCUGUUCUGAUAUUUAAAAGCAUGAGCUUGACACAAUUAGCCAUUGUGGGAAAUGCAAUUUCUGGUGAAAACUUCAAGUCGCUUUUGGUCAAGUUAGUUCCUACACUUGAGUGGCUGGAUGGUGAUAAAUUGCAUUGA